CAAGCUUUGUAUUUCGCCCUAAAAUUUGUCGAACGCUGAACCGAAAAAACGAAAAUGCUGCCGAAAAGACGAACUCUGCUAAAUUCCAGCGAUAAACGCAAGGUUGAAUCGUCGGCAAAUGUAGAUUUGGCCAGAGGCCGCUUGAAGGGAGCCUUGAAGACGGGCCAUCACUCAACGGACGAAUCUUCGGAAGAAAUAGACGACAGUGCCGAAUCUGGGCGGGAAUUCACGAAGCGCAGACGAGAUGAAACGGUCCCGGCGGUUCCUCAGCCGUAUCUUAUGAAGUUUUUCGAUCGACACAUCGAUUUGAGCCGAUUUAAUGAAAAAUCAUCGCUGUACGCGAUGUGCCGUGCAUGGUAUAAGAACCACCCGACUCCUCGCGGUCAAGAGACCACAUCAGAUUCAUCAAAAACGGUUGUAUUCAAACGAGAAUACAACCCGGAAAUAGUGGAAAAUUUCCUGAAUGGUCAGGUGAAUGAAAUUCGUGAAAUGCCUCUCCCAGAAAGUGCGGGCAAUAUGGAACCAUACGACCAGCAAACCGUUCAUCCCGUCACCGAUUUCAAAAUCAAUACAGCAACGAUGGGGAAGGAAGAGUUGUUGGAGGAACAUCUGGUGAAAUGGAAGCAUCUACGCAAGUCCUGGAUAUCGCAUCGCAAGCAAUAUAAGGAACGUCGCUACGAGACGAGCUUCAGGCUGCUCGAUGCCAUAGCAGCUAAAUCACGGACCUGAGCAGAGUUGUGGUAAAUCUGUUUAAGCGAUAUCCUUCUCUGUAUUUAUGACCGUUCUUAUGUCUUCUAAUAAAAAUAAUGAAUCCCAAGCGAUGCGUAUCGGGUCAUUUUCGAAUUAACGAAUAGUUUACUUACCAAAACUCUACAAGACUUG